GGUCAGUCAGGUUAGUUUGUUUGGUUUGUCCGUUUGGAAUUUGGUUUGUAACCUGUACUCUCCUCAAAUCAGUGAAAUUUGUCCCCCCUGCCCGUGGAUUAGCUAGCACACAUUGUGUAAGUGAACCACGUUAAAUUUGUGUUCGUUCGUGUUGGUUUGGAUUAUCGAUUGCCGCGCUUCUGUUCUGACAAGUGGUAUCAAAGCCUUUGGUUGCGGUUUUGGGAAUUUGUCGUUGGACUGAAGUUUUGCUUUGUGGCAGUGGAUCUUCAGAUUUGGAUUUAUUGGUUGCUUUUGAGUUGAAGUUUGGUUUAAGGAAAGUUUGUGAAUGGUUGUCACCGAGCUGCGGUGAGGUGGUUGGUUAGGGUUUGGAGAUAAUUCUGUUUGUUAUCCUUCGGUGGUGAUUAGGGUUUCCGAUCAUCAAGGAUGUUUGUUUUGAAUUUGAAGAUCGACAACACAAUUGGGAGCUGCAGGUUCGGAGUUGGAGGUAAAUUUGAUAUCGGUGUUAUGAACGAAAAUAACACCAAACUGGUUCUGCAAGGCAAGUCCCAACAUGAGUUGGACUUGCUGCAUGUUUUGAUUUGUUAACCGCCCUUAGGGCAUAUGGAGGCAGGGGAGAUUCUGGUACAGCUGAUUUGGAGGAGUUAGUAUGUCUGACAAUUAUGAUUGCAUCUGAGUUUGGCGAUUUGCAUCGCGUUUGGUCUGGCGAUAUGAAUCGCAUUUGGAUAUGUCUGGCAAUCUUGAUUGCGUUUGAGUUUGGCGGUUUCGAUCGCAUUUGGAUACGUCUGGCGAUAUGUAUCGUGUCUGGGUACAUCUGGCAACUUUGGUUGCGUCUGGUACAUCUGGUAUUUGAGAGAGAAUUCAAGUCAAGGUGGAGAUUGUUAGAAUAUGACUUGAAUUUGAUUUGGGUUUGUUUUGUGUUUGGGCCUAUUUUGUUUUGGUUUGUGUUUGGGCUUUGUUUGACCUUUUCCUUGUAUGUUUGGGAAAAUGUGGUUGGUUUUCUGUUUGGUAUUAGGAGAAGAGUUCUAUAAAUACUCUUCAUCACCCUAGUCUGUAGUAAGGUCAGUCAGGUUAGUUUGUUUGGUUUGUCUGUUUGUAACCUGUACUCUCCUCAAAUCAGUGAAAUUUGUUCCCCCUGCCCGUGGAUUAGCUAGCACACAUUGUGUUAGUGAACCACGUUAAAUUUGGGUUUGAUUUGGAUUAUCGAUUGCCACGCUUCUGUUCUGACAAGUAUUGUGAACGUUGUCUCCUUCAAUUCAGUUGAAUAGUUUGUGAGAACAUUUUCACUAAAGUAAUAUUAUAAUCGAUAACAAAUUGAUUAUAUAGAUGAUGCCACAUAUAUUCAUAAGUUACGGAAAUGAAAAUUAAAAUACUACUUGCCCAAAGGGUAGGAUGUAAGCUAGUUUUUUUUAUAAACUGAGUGACCAAACUUGUAAUUUAGAUAGUAAAUUUUCCAUGGCCAGUCACUCUCGCAAUGCGCCAUGCAUUGGAUUUCUAAUAACUUUUUUUUUUGUUGCGUAAAUUGGAUUUCUAAUAAUUAUUGUUAUAUAUUAUGCACGCAUAUAUGAAUUAUGAAGUGGAUGUAGUACACUGGUUACUGGUACAACAGCCAUUCGUUCCUCCAUGGCCAAUUAUCUAGUCUUCGCUUCUUCUCUUCCAAACACAAACCCUGCCGCCGGUAGCUCUUCCUCUCCGUCGCCACAAACCAGAACCACCGGCCUCCCCGCCACUCCCCAGAACCCAAUUAAACCCAAAGCUCCUCUAAUCCUCCCAGCAACAACUUCCAGCAAGACUAACCUCAAGAAGAGUAAUAAUGCAAACAGCAAACUUCUCCGGCAGCAAUUCAAAGUUCUGAGGGUCGAGCGCGCGAUUGGCGCCGGAAGCUACCGCGACGCCGAGCCUCCCGGCGCUGCGGAGGGCCGCGGGUCCGGGAUUGCCGAGUUGUGGUUGGAAUCAGAGGACGGCAGCAACCGCAGUAACAACCCGUUCGAAGGCCCGGUGGAGAAGAAGAUCAGGGAGACCGGCGAAUGGCUCGCAUAUAAAACAGAGAACGACUUUCGAAUUUCAGAGAAACAGAGCCUGACGUUGUUGUACAAAUGGGCUCUCCCAAUCUCACUACUGGCGAUGAUGGUGGCUGUGGGAGUCGUCAAGCUUCCAUUUUUGUCUCCCUUGCUUGAUGAUUUCAUCAUGUAAUGUUCUGCUGCAAACCCGGAGCUGGAGUGGGUUCUCAUUAAAUUAUUGAUCCCUGAUUUAGGUUGGCGGAAACCGGAAAGAAAUUUCGCUGACAGCAGCAAUUAAGGCCAGUUAUCCCUUUCGUUUUCCUUCCUGAUCUUUAUCUAAUAUAGAAUUGUAUGUGAAGUUGUGAGCUCCGUGUAUCAAACAUGAUAUUUUAUUGAUAAAAAGGAGGUUAAACGCUAAACGUUUGAUUACUGUAUUUACGGUUGGGAUUUUGAUGUUGUGAAUGAGAAUAAAAUGGGAAGGAGACAAGAGAAACACUUGAAAUACCAUAUUAGUGAUAUAUGAGAAGGAAUUUCAAUUGGUUUCCAAAUUGAACCAAGUGAAACUGAAUCAAACAAAAUGAUGUGA